AUGGCGAGCACACAUCCGUGGCAUACUCCCGUCGAUGACAAGGAGGUUACUAUUCCUUGGGGUGGCUGGGUGCACGAGAAGCCCCCAGCUAAAUGCCGCUCUCGGGAUAGAGCAGUUGUGGAGGCAGCUAGACCUUCACCUUCCACAGCAUCAACUCCAUCAUCUUCUACAACCCCUUCUUCAGCCGCAGCCCAUGUGCCACCACCACCAGCACCUGAGCCGACAUACCUACUGGUUCAGCGUCUUUUCCGGUUCAUGGAGCACAGCAAGCGCCAGCUCAUACGCCGCCUGGAUCGGAUUGACCAGGAUCAAGAGGAGGAGGAUGUUGAGGAGCCGACUCAGCAGGAUACACCACCAGAGACACAUGUCACCACGGAGCCUCAGCUAGUGCCACAGACUCAGCCAGAGCCAGAGCCGACCGGUGUACCUCUCCCUGAUCCUCAGGACUAG